UCACCCGCAGCAUUUCAUGAUGCGACCUGCACACACGCAGAGACGACAUGCAUCCCUGCAGCAAUUUUCGUCCGUGCGUGCGGUUCUCUCACGACAGCCACGAGUGCGAACGGCUGGGGGGAAGAUCUGAGCAUCGCCGACAAACAGACAGAGGGACACCAAGCCAUACAUGCAAGAGAUUAGAUUGAUGCGGUCUGUCUCCAUACCACGGGCGGAUACCAACGGUAGGUGAUCGAAACCUUGCUCACCCUCUGACAGACACAGGCGUACACACCGAUGGAUGGAUGGAUGGAUGGACAGACGGCUGAUCCCCUUCCUCUCGACCAGCCACUCACUCAGUCACUCACUCACUCACUCACUCACUCACCACACUGAGUUUGCGACCAGGCGACCAUCCCAGGGCCUUGACCACUUGCGACUGCGACUGCUCCUGCACAGCACACAACAAGCGACACCCACAUCUCCCGCCUCCCUCACACAUGCAUGCAUGCAUAUGCGGAUGGGUGCAGUGCACACUGACCUCUGCGGUCGGUUGCUCAUCCUCCUCCUGUAUGACCCCCAGGGCCUGCAGCUCAACACCAUUGACGCCACCGGCCACACGGUGAUGUUGCAUGUCGCUGGUGUCGUCGUUAUUGGCGUUGUUGUCGUGGUUGUUCGCGACCUCUCCCUCUCCCUCGGUCACCCCCGUGGACAGCUGACGGAUGUCCGGCCGGGGCUGUCGCACUUUUACCACGGUGCCCUUCUCAUCCUCUGCACUCACACACACAGACACAGCAGGAUACAUUGAAUGAACGCACUCAUGUCGUGAGGACUGUGAGUACACACCUUUCCCUUUGAUUUGGUACAAAGCCGGUCCCAGCUUUCGCUCCUUCUCGCGCCACGCCCGGAUGGCAGCAGUCAGUGCUGCAUCGACACGCAAACCGUCACAGUCAGGCCUCUCACACACACACGAAUGCAAUGCGUACCUGCCUCCUUGUCUGCUGCGAUGUGUGGCUCGGUCUCCAGCGCCUUUGUGAGCUCUGGAGACACAUAGAACACCACACAUGUGACAGGCAUGUGACAGGCAGGUGGCGAGGCACAUCAGCCCACACUCAUCCAUUCGCGCCUUUCUGGUGCUUUUCGAUGGCCUGCUCUCGAAGGCAGUGCUCGAGGGCUGCAUCAACACACAUACACACACGCGCACACACACACACACACGUGAGGCACUACACGCCCAUGCCUCUGACUGACACACCUUCUGUGGACGACUUGAACUGGGAGGUUCGCACAUUGCCGCACUUCUUUCACCCCAGCGGGCCACAAAAUAACUCCAAUACACGGAGCCACCAGGCAAAUGGCGUACUGAGAUCCACACAGCAACGGAUGCAUGUAGCUGCUGUGCUGUGUGCGUGUGUGUCAGGGCUGUCUUCCUCUGUCUCCCUCUGUGUGUGCCCGAGUCUGUGUGCAUGUGUGUGUGUGUGUGCGUGUGUGUGUGAGAGGGGGGGAGGGGGACGUACCUCUGUGGGCGCGGGAUGAUCUUGGCGACCUCCCAACGAACCACAUCUCCCGCUGCCCCAGACUAAACGAGGCACACAGGCAAUGAGAAACCACACAUGCAUUUGUGUGUGUGUGUGGGUGGGUGGGUGCAGGUGGUGACCUUGAAUGUAGAGUUUAGCCCGCCGAUGUCGAAGUUGAACUCGGCGUUGACGAUCUUGAGCAAUUUCUCGUCAUUGAUGCCCUUUGCCGCCGUGCCCCGCGUGUCGACAGACACAUCCCAGAGGCCACCAUCGCUGUAGGGAGGCCGGAGAGGCGGAUAUGUCACCUGAAGGGACCAGACACACAUACACAGAUGAGCAAAGCAAUUUCUCUCCAGGUGUGUGGCGUGACCUUGAUGAGGCACUCUCGACAAAGUCCGCUGUCAACCAGGGAGAGUGCCACCCACCGAGCUGCAAGUCCAGCGACCCGGGCAACCUAACCGAUCAACGACGCACAAGGACAAGGUCAGCAGAUGGUCAGAAGGACGGCAGGCAGGCUGUCGCUCGGACUUACGUGAAGACCGCCGUGGAUGUGCAUCCGACCGUACUGGGCGUCCCACUCGCCGAACAACUCCACUGUUAUGCGACCUGGUCGCGUAAAAAGACCAUUUUGCCCUCCAUUCAUUCCUCCUGGUUCUUUGUCUGACGCCCCACUCACGUCCGGCAAUUGCGACGAGCAUCUGUGCCCCCCUGCACAAGAUUGUAGUGGAUGUGCAGGUCCUGUUGUUGAUGAUGGGCUUGAUGACGAAGUCCUCGACGUCCUUGUACAGCGUCUCAGAGAGAGAGUCCGGGAUGACUCGUCGCGCGACGGCGAGGAUAUGGUGGACGUGGCGGCCGUGGUCGUCCUCCAUGGCGACGAAUGUCUUCGCGACUCCCGGGUACAGGUACGGCAAUUGGCCUGAAAGACAUCCCAGCGCAGAGGGGAUGUCAUGUAGUGCUAUGUGCGAGUGUACCUCACGUCUCAUUACCGGUUUUGACUUUCUCGAGCACGUUUCGCAGCGUGUGGACGAUGUCUUUGGUGCCCGGCAUGUGUUGGGGGGGGUCGUUGCCCGCGAAGCCGACAAUGACUGCACACACACACACACACACACACGCAAGACAUCCACGCAACCGUCAUCCCUCCCUGCACCGGCCCCUCUCAUGUCCGACCUAGUUCAUCCGCAGCCUUGACCAGGGUCGGUGGAAGGCCAGCAAUGGCGUUCACGUCCACAUCACUGUUGGUGAGGAUCUCCCAGAAGGCCACCAGGUUGCUGGACCGCCCUGCAGACGACACAGAAGGAGAGAAUGGGUGUCGGUGGAUCAUGCACCCGGCAGCCUUUGUUGUCCGUCGUGCUUACCCGGCUGGUGGACCUUGACGCUCAGCACCUUGGUGUCCUUGUCCUUCUUGAUGCACUCGUCGAUGACUCUCUCCACCACGCACAGCCCGGGGAGGCCGGUGGACCGGAUCAGGCUGGUGAUGUCCAU